GGACACUUAUAUGGUAAUUUCUUAACAGUAGAUUUGCCAGAUUGAUCAGUUUUUGACAUCUCACUGGGGAGCCGUAACUUCUCUCUGCUACGCACUAAUUAAUAGCUUAUCUCUGUUUUUGUUGCAAAAAGCUGUCCUGGAUUUGCAUUCUAAAGAUAUACACAGAAGAGGGAUUUCUAUUCCAGAUUUUUAUUUUGAAAAAUAUUAUACUGUUUUGAGACUACUCUCUUUUUGGUCUAUUUUAUUUUGACGAAUCUGUUUCUUGACGAUUGCCAUUAAUUGUUUCGAUCCUGGGAACUGCAUUUUGUUUACUUAACUAUUGGAGAGAUAAGGCUGUCUGCUCUGUUUAUACUGUGAUGUCACCAAGUUUGGAGUAUUAACCCAAUUGUUGCUGAAAUAAGAAGUGGUUUUCCUAUAUUUUUCUUUUAAAAUGGCAAUUAAGAAAGUGGCUGAAAAUCUGGAAAUAACUAUGUUUCAGAAAAUAAUGGAUGAGAUUGAGAUAAUGAAAAUUGAUUUGAGUAAAAUGAAGCAGGAGAUUAAAGAUAUAAGGGUCCCUGUGAGAGAGGUGACCCUGGAAGGGGUCCCUGUGAGAGAGGAGAUCCCGGAGAUUGGAACAGGGGUCCCUGUGAGAGAGGUGACCCUGGAGACUGGAAUAGGGGUCCCUGUGAGAGAGGAGAUCCCGGAGAUUGGAACCAACGUGGAACAGGAACAAGAUUUGGAGUCUAUGGACUUUAGAAAUAAAAUCUAUUGUUUGGAACUCAAUGUUAUCUCUGAAGAAAUGAAUGAAGAUUCUAGAGAUAAAGUUAUCAAUGGCAUGGAUAAUCUUCUGGACUGGAAUGAUGUGAUGGAGCCCAAUAUAGAGAAAAUCUAUGGAAUUAACUGCAGCCAUGUGACAAUGGAAAAACUUUUAAGAGAUGACCCAGUGUAUUUUGAAAAAAAGAACAGAGAUAUGAUUUUACAGCAGUAUUUCAGCAACCUAUUCAGAAUGGAUGGCAAGAAAAUAUUUGGGAUAGAGGUAAUCCCCAUCAGACUCUUACUAUAUGACUAUGGCUUUGACAGCAAGAUUAUUAUGGAAUACUGAUAAUGGAAGAUUGGAUAUUGAAAUUACUGGACUUAACAAGACUACUGAAGAUGGAAGAUGGAAAAUGGAACUAAUAGAGAUAAUAGAACAAUGGCUACUGAAAUUAUUGAACCUAACAGAUUCUGAUGUGAUGGAUUAAUUGAAAUGUUUAUUUUGACUAUGGUUAUGACAAUAAGAUUAUCAUAAUUAGUA